AUGAGUGCUUCUGAUAGCGAUUCCGACGUACCGGACUACUUCGGUUCUCCCAGUGGAAGUUCUGAGCAACGCAAGAAAGCCGUCAAAAUCAUUGAAGAGAUCAACCAGCAAACGUCCGUGUACAACACCAUCACCGUUUUGGCCGUCAAACCCAAGAUCCCUGCAGAUGCCAACAAGAAGCCCAUCAUCGGUUUUGCCAUCCAAAUUGCCGGUUCCGCUUCCGUCAAGCUGGGCAACUUGUGCUUCAAGAAGGAAAAGAAUUCCACCCACCCGUCCUUCACCAACACCGGCAUUACGCAGUGGGUUCACUAUGCCCCGGACCCGAACGACCGCAAGAACGUUCUGAAAACUACCAUUGUAAAGAACGAAAAGCCAAUGAGUGUCAAAACCAAGCGUUUUGUCCGCGUUUUGAAUCAUGAUUCCACUGUUGACAUGACCGAGGGUUUCAUCAAGGGAUUCGUUGAGAAUGCCAUGAUUCCCAUGUAUAACAAGAAGGUUCUUGAUGAUUCUGAGCACGAUACCAAAGGAGAGACCAUCAAACUGGCUACAAAUUGGUACCAAGAAGUCGACUCGUGGUCGGAAAUUCUGAUCGAAGGUGACUUGCCCAAGAUGUAUGGCAACUCGUGGCUCAAGAACAUCAAUUUUGUCGGCCCCAAGAAGUUUGAGGACUUCGUGAAGGAAGAUAAGGCCUAUCUUUACUCCAUCUGGUCUCCUGGACAUAUCCCUCCGUACAAGAUGAAGAACUACAAACUCGCUGAGAAGCAUUUGGCCCCUCAAGACUUCCACUGUCUCGGUGCUGGCAAAACUGGAAUCAAAGCUCUUUUCGAUGUCCAGUCUCCAGUUGACAAGACUGGCAAGGGAUCGCGUACCAAGCCAAAAUCUGACUCAAAGAUGCCCGCAAAAUCCAAGGAAUCCGAACAGAACAAAUCUUCCUCUAAGUCUUCCGCUACCACUAAGAAGUCCGAUACUCCCUCGUCGUCCAAGAAAGACACGCCCAAAAAGAAGAACUCCAAGAAACGAGCUGCUGGCGAAAGUGAUCUUGGCAUUGACGAGAAAGGAUUCAGUACCGGUGGCCCAUCACCUCUAGGAAAGAAAGUCAAGGCCGCCGAGAUCGAAGACGAUCCGAUCCAGUCCUCUACGUCGACUGAGUCCGAUGUCAAUGUGGCAGAAGUGCCACUUACGCAGCAUGAGGCUUCCGAUUCCGACUCCGACUCUCGCUAA